AGUAGAAUGAUUCAUAUUUGAACUCCAGAGCAAAGCUGCUGAGUGUGACUAUUUCUUGCAGACAUCGAAGCUAACAUUGAGUGCACUGAGACGACGAUGAGCCUGUUUGUGCUGAAGUCUUCGGUCCCGGGCCUUACUGAAUAUAACUCGCGCCUUAAUGAUCCCAACUGCACCGUGACAUCUAAUUCAAGCCAUCUGAUUGCCAGCUUGUCUUUGAACUCCUGUGGCACAGAAAUUCAGGAUAAUGGCACUGCCAUCAUUUUCCAGAAUGAAAUUUCAACUUUUGAUUAUCCUAAUCAAAUUAUAAGCAGAGCAAACCAGGUGGAGAUUCCCUUCAGUUGUGCUUAUCCAAAUACGGGUCAAGCGUCUGCUUCAUUUAGCCCUCACAAGUCCGUCUACAAAUUCUAUGAAGCCGGCUUUGGGACCUUCACCUUUUUAUUUGAGUUUUAUGACAGCAGCGACUUCACAAGCAUCAUCGACCCCAGCGAGUACCCAGUUAAGGUGGAACUCGGGCAGAUGUUGUACAUUGGCAUCAGUGUGAAGUCAUCGCUGGAGAACAUCAAGCUGUUUGUCGACACAUGCCGGAGUACGCCUCAUGAUAACCCCAAUGACUCCAUCUAUUAUGACAUCAUUUCAAAUGGGUGUGUUAUAGAUGAUAGUGUAAUGAUCUUUCCCACCAAUCAGACUCAAUUUAACUUUGGAGUGGAAGCCUACAGUUUUAUUGGAGGUUACCCCCAGGUGUUCAUCACCUGUAGUGUCAUUCUGUGUGACGCUGACAGUCCAGACACCCGAUGCUCUCAGGACUGCAUUGACAGC